UUUAUUAUUAUUCAUAAAUCACAAUUCACUAGUAGUAUAAAACCACUUAGGGGUUCCCUAAUACAUUCGAGCGCUUUCGUUGCCGAGCGGUUCCGCCUGGGAUCUCAGAUUCAGGUGUUUCUGAUAUCUAGAUUGAGAUGGGGAUCGGAGGGGAAACCGACGGUGGAGGAUCUUCUGGUCUGACGAGGAGGAGAGGAUGCUUCGACAAAGGCGAUUUUCUCCCCGAGGAGUCGUUCCAGAGCUGGGGUAAUUACGUCAAUGCAUUGAAACGGACUCCGGCUCGUCUAGCGGAUCGGGUUUUGACCCGGUCCAGUGUCGAGGCGGAGUUGGAGGUGAAGGCGCAGAGCCAGCACGAGAUGAAGAAGACGCUUUCAUGGUGGGAUCUCAUGUGGUUCGGCAUGGGCGCCGUCAUCGGAGCCGGAAUAUUCGUUCUCACUGGCCUUGAGGCACGCGAUGUCGCCGGUCCUGCCGUCGUGUUAUCCUACGCGGUUUCUGGACUCUCCGCUUUGCUUUCAGUGUUCUGCUACACUGAGUUCGCCGUCGAAAUCCCUGUCGCCGGUGGAUCAUUUGCCUACCUCCGUGUGGAGCUCGGUGAUUUUGCGGCCUUCAUUGCCGCCGGAAACAUUCUUCUCGAGUAUGUUAUCAGCGGCGCUGCGGUGGCACGUUCUUGGACGUCCUACUUCGCGACGCUCUGCGGCAAGGAGCCGGCGAAGUUCCGAAUCCACGUGGAUUCUCUAAAAGAAGGGUACAACGAUCUUGACCCCAUAGCCAUCGGCAUCCUGAUAAUAAUCUGUGUGAUGGCAGUUAUGAGCACGAAAGGGUCGUCCCGUCUGAACUACGUGGCGUCAGCUGUUCACCUGGUUGUCAUUUGCUUCAUCAUCAUUGCCGGUCUGAUCAAAGCCGACCCCAGCAACUACAAGGACUUCGCCCCAUAUGGUGUCCGCGGCAUCUUCAAAGCUUCCUCUGUUCUCUUCUUCGCCUACGUCGGUUUCGACGCAGUUUCAACCAUGGCAGAGGAAACCAAGAACCCUGCCAAGGAUAUCCCCAUAGGUCUCGUGGGCUCAAUGGUCAUGAUCACUACCAUAUAUUGCUUGAUGGCAAUGACUCUGUGCCUGUUACAGCCCUACAAAAGCAUUGAUCCCGAUGCUCCAUUCUCUCGGGCAUUCGAAAUGGUUGGCUGGAGCUGGGCUCAGUAUUUGGUGGCUGCAGGGGCACUCAAAGGCAUGACCACAGUUAUGCUGGUCAGUGUUGUGGGACAAGCGCGUUACCUCACGCACAUCGCUCGAACCCAUAUGAUGCCGCCAUGGUUCGCCAAAGUGUCCCCUAAGACAGGAACUCCUAUCAACGCCACCAUUGUUAUGCUUGCAGCCACUGCAGUGAUCGCCUUCUUCACGCAACUUGAGAUCCUUUCCAAUCUGCUUUCCAUCUCAACUCUCUUCAUCUUCAUGCUUGUAGCUGUGGCUUUGCUGGUCCGCAGAUACUAUGUUUCCGGCGAGACGUCGCCUGCCAAUCGCAACAAACUGAUCGUCUUCCUUGUCCUGAUCGUUGCAUCCUCGAUUGUUACAGCUGCCUACUGGGGACUUAGUGAAAAAGGUUGGAUCGCCUACUGUGUGACUGUCCCGGUGUGGUUCUUGUCAACAGCGGGAAUCUGGCUUUUGGUCCCCCAUGCGCGUAGGCCUAAGUUGUGGGGAGUUCCGUUGGUGCCAUGGUUGCCGUCGGCAUCUAUUGCCAUUAACAUCUUUCUGCUGGGGUCGAUCGAUAGGGACUCGUUCAUAAGGUUUGGGGCCUGGACUGGAUUCCUUCUGGUUUACUAUCUAUUGUUCGGACUGCAUGCAUCCUACGACACUGCCAAGGUCUUUGAGUCGAGGGAGAUGGCGCCUAGGAAGGCUGAGGAGGGGCAAGCUCCUACUGCCUAGAGAUACUUCUUACAGUUAUAAACAUUAAGACUGCUGUGCAUAUUAUCGACAUUCUGUUUUCUGAACCGCAAGUGCUGUUGGAUUUUGAACUCACAGUGAUUAAUGUCUGCCUUGAUUUUGGGCCUUUCUGAUUUUUA